UUCAUUCUACAUGGUCGGUUGAGCAGUCAACACCGUUCGGUACUCAAAAUUAACCAAAAUAAUAAGUUAAAAAUUUAACUUCGUGCAAAUUUCAGCUUUUCCAAAUUCUUUGCUCAUGGAUCUUUCCAAGGCCGAAAGCCAAAGGCCCGCCGAGGAGCGACGAUCGGGAAACCCAGAUUAUGUGAGGUCCCUGCUUCAGGACAUCCUCUGCUUCCUCGUCCUGCUUUCGGUGGCUCUCCUAAUUGUGGCUGGCAUCCUGUUUGUGGUGGAGGACGUUAGCCGUCUGCAGCAGCAGCAGCAGCACCAGCAUCAACACCAUCGGCACUUGCAUCGUGAUCAGGUAGCCAACGAUUGGAAGGGAGCACCGGUUGAAGAGGCCCCCAAGCAGGGGUGUCGGUUCUUCCGGCCACAUACGUGGAUUCGAUUCUUCAACUGCCAGAAAAAGAUCCCUCAACACCAGGAGGAAGUCGAAAAGGAGGCGGUACGGUUUGGGCCAUCAAAACAGGACGAUAGAGACCAGCAGCCUUUCGAGCCCGUUCCCACCUAUCUCCCGGCGGUAGAACCUCUGCCUUUGCGGGCUGCCGGAGACUACAUCGAGGAUGCUGCCAACAAGAAGCUGGAUUCGGAGCCCCAUCAACUUUUAGCCGACAAUGUCUACAGGACCUAAAACGGAAACUGUCUCUUUCUCAGGCGUUUUAAAUGCUGUUUGAAUGUUCUUAUUGAUGCACUUGCAGCUCCAGACUAUCGGGCAUACCUCGAUAGAUUUGUCAUUUGAUGUAAAGAAACCACCGGGCUAGCCCUAGUCAAUAUUCCUUCAGAGAUAGGCCGGGAUAGCAAACUCAAUUAUCUCUUGGUUCCCUCGCCCUAUAUUUUCAAUAUGCCUUAUCUUAGGUGGCCAUCACGAGCUAGAACUCUAGAACUAGAACAAGACAAGCCAACAAUUAAUCGCCGAAAGUUUAUGAAAGAACUUUUAUUUUUGUAGCGACUUGGACUGUUCUUAUUGACGCCUUUGCAGCUCCAGACUGUCGAGUAUUCCCUGACAGAUUUGACGUUUGAUGUAUAAAAGCCACCGAGCUAGCUCCAAUCAAGGUCGAUUGAGAGGUAGUCUCGGACUUACAAUUGAAUCGGAACCUUAUUUGCAUACUCUCCAAUAUGAUAUUUACACCUUUCGCUUUGAUUUGCCAUCAAGAGCUAGACUCAAAAAGAACAUUGGAAAGGCGGCCGGAAACCAGGCGUUCAAUAGAACACCAAAAGGUUCUUGAGAUUAACCGAUGAUUUUGUAAUAAAGUUACCUUAUUCAGCUGACAA